CUUCGGUUGACUGCCUCGUCGGCGAGACCGGUCACGUCCAAGUGCUCCACCCUCGUUGGGCGACCUAGGCAGAUCCCGAUUUUGUCCCGCACGUCGCCCGCUGAUUGUGGGGGUAAUCAAGAAGGCGUGUCCGAAAGGGAGCCGCAUGCGAUCGGCGACCGGCCACCACUCUGCGUCUGGACAUGGGACGGGCGGAACUCCUGGUUGGCCUACUUGUUUUCUGGGCUGCCGUCGUCGCUCGAGGGCAAAGGGAGACGGACUUCUACUUCGGCACCCGCGUGCGCUGCCACACGUGCGACGUGGACUUCACCAUCGAGAAGUUCUCCGUGGAACACCCGUGCCUGGUGGCGCAGAAGGAGAGGGACAUCGCCUACUGCAGCGUCAACUCCAACUUCUGCAAGGUUGAGGUCACUCGCCUGAACGGGGUCCUGGUGACCUUCUCGCGACGGUGUGUCGACAAAUGCUCUCCGAAUUGCUUCGAGAAGGGCUUCGGCAUGCUCAGAGAGCAGUGCACCUACUGCUGUCGACGGAACCCGUCCUGUGGAGAGAAGCGCAAGCCCUGACGUCAGCCGCCUACCGCCAGCAGCACCUUAGACCGAGGAGGACCGAAUCUUCAGCCCCAGCAGCAGCAGCAGCAGCAUCAGCCGCGCAGCGGGACGUCGGGGACAAGCGGAGGCGAGAACACCGUCGCUACUCUGCCACAGCCGCGGCAGCCGCCAUCUUCAGCAGCAUCCGCUCCGGAAUGCUGGCAGUCCUUCAGCUCUGUUGCGAUCACGUGCCUUCUCAGCAUAGUCUGCUUUGGCGCUGUCUAGCUGCCUCGUAGCCAUCGAUUCAUCUAGUCAUACGGGUCGUUUUCAGUGAUCUCAGUGUAGUGACGUCCAAGAUAGCUGUUACGAAGAGGAGCGUCUCUUAGCUCUCUUCACUAGCAAGUAGAAUUGAUGGUCCCUAACAUAACUAAGGAGGUCAGUCUGUGUCUUCCAGGGACUCGAACUCAGAUAAUCACCCGUAGAACUUCCGCUGCCUUCCAGAGAACCGUCCAUACAUAACUCCACGCACCAAAGAUGAAUACUUAAAUCAAAUUCAAAGUAUGUUUUUGCAUUGAGCGUAU